AUGUAUCAGGAAUUUUUAGAUAAUAUUGAUUUUUCUCAAAAAUCCUUUUGGAUUUCUUUCGCUUCUAUAACUUUUAAUCCACUUUUUUGGAAUUUUGUCGCGAGAAGAGAACAUAAAACGAGAUUUUUAACCCGUUUUGUUGGUGGAAAUCCAUAUAUUGGUUGUUAUUGUUUAGCUAUAAUAAUUUUUUUCCUUGGAAUUUUCAGAGAUAUCUUAUAUAAAAAUGCAAUUGAUAAACAGCAAAAACUUUCUUCUUUAGAUAAUGAUUAUUCGAAAGGAUUAGCUUUAGUAUUAUUUUUUACCGGAAAUUUUUUUGUAUUAUCAUCAAUGUAUGUGUUGGGUGUAACAGGAACUUAUUUAGGCGAUUACUUUGGUAUCUUAAUGGAUGAUCGUAUUACAUCUUUUCCUUUUAAUGUUCUUGAUAAUCCGAUGUAUUAUGGUUCUUCAAUGGUAUUUCUAUCUACUGCUUUAUGGUAUGCAAGUCCUGCCGGAAUUAUUUUGACUUGUUGGGCUUUUAUACUUUACUUAAUUGCACUUCGAUUUGAGGGACCAUUCACUUCAAUGAUUUAUGCACAACGCGAAGAAAAAAAAAAAUGA